AUGCCGACAUAUCUAUGCCACGGGUUUCGAUGGCACCGACCCUCGAUCCGGGUGUACGUCAUCGUUCAGGACAUUGGAGAUGCCGCACCGGACUAUAUCUCGGGGACGCGCUCCGCCACGGCCAUCCUAGACUCGUUUUACAACCUGUUUGACUUUUUACCACCUGCGCCCAAGACGGGCCAAGAACAAAAGCAGCAGGAGCAGCAGCGGCCGGCGGACGCGAUCGACAACGCCUCGAGCCAGGCCUGGUCGGCGGUCCGGCUGCUGGAGGAGUACGACCCGACCGUGCUGGGCGAGGCGACGCGACCGCACGCCUACGUGGCCGACCACGUGGUGCGCGUGGAUCUGUCGGUCUCGGUCGUCGACGAGAUGGCGCGCUACGAGGCCCGGCUGAAAGAGAGUGGCGCCAUGGGCGGACCGCACUCGGACGAGACGGGCCGCCGCCAGCGCGCCGCCAAGGACCGCAAGGCCGGCUGGCUCGAGAAGCUCAGGGACCAGCUGCAGCGCGGCGAGGAGAUUCGGUGGUACGUCGUCGUCAACGGCGAUGAGGAGCGCGGGUGGGAUGAUGGCGGCGGUGGCGGGGAGGGCGAAGAAGUGGAGGAUGAGCACCGCGCGCGGGAGAGGCAAAGGCUACGGCAGCGCCUUGGAGGGAUGGAUCUCCACGAGGAGGACGAUGAUGGUGACGACUAUGGCUAUGCGGUCGAUGAUUCGUCCUCGCGGCACACCAAAGGCCAGUCUGACAAUGGGAUGCAACCUCUUUCGGUGAUACCACCACAGCAUGUCGCCUCGAAGCCGAAUGCUACAAAGGGUACCAGCAGUGGAUUUAGAAGGCUUUUUAGCAAGGCAGGCAAGGCGUCUGGAGAUGCGAAGUAG